AGGAGAAUGGAAAAACUCUACAAAGAAACCUAUGUUUAGUGCGAGAAAGGGAUUGUACGACUCCAUCGGCUCACCGUUUGGUGGUAAUUGUUGCUAGUUCUCCGACAAGAAGCGGAUCCCUUAUUGAACCGGGCCGGUUCGAAGAAACACGAGGGGAUGAUGGAGAGAUCGGUGUUGCCCACCUCCUCUUUACGCCUCUACGCCAUCUACCUCAAGACCUUCGCCCAACAAAAAGCCUUAGCCCAAGGCCAGAUCCUCCACGCCCGCCUCCUCGUCACCAACACUAACAAUCACUCUCUCUCUCAUCACCUCAUCCUUUGCUACACGCAUUGCGGCCGCCCCUUCGAAGCUCGAAAAGUCCUCGAAAGAACCCACCGACCGAACCCGCUUAGCUUCUCAGUUCUCAUCGGCUCGUGCAGUCGGCUUGGUCUCUUCCGAGAGACCUUAGACCUCUAUGGAACCAUGCUCGCCCAAGGGCUUGAACCCAACAGGUUUGUUUACCCGAGUGUGCUCAAAGCGUGCGCCAAUUUGGGUGACCGAGCAUUUGGGGAGUCUGUGCAUCGAGCCAUUGAGGGCUCCGUGGUGGCUUCGGACCCACAUGUCGAAUGCGCAUUGGUUGAUAUGUAUGCAAAGUGCGGUUGCAUUGACAAGGGGCGCCAAGUAUUUGAUAAAAUGCGUAAAAGAGAUCUAGCAGCUUGGAAUGCCAUGAUCUCAGGCUAUGCGAACAAUGGGGGCUGGAUGGACGCUUGGGGGAUUUAUGAGUGGAUGGUGAGGGAGGGUGCGAAGGCGGAUGCAUUCACGUGGAAUUCUCUGGUGUCUGGAUUCUCUCGUGCUGGAGACCUAAAAAUGGUUUUUGAGUUUAUUCACAGAAUGAGAUUACAGGGGUUUGAACCAGAUGUUGUCACAUGGACUUCGAUGAUUUCUGGCUCGAUUAAGGCCCGACGAUACCACGAAGCAUUUAAAAGCUUUCGACAAAUGAUGGCAUCCGGAAUUCCUCCGAACUCUGCAACGGUAAGUGCCAUCCUACCUGCUUGUAAUGGGCCAUUUGGGAUCCAUAGAGGACUUGGGAUCCAUGGGUACUCUGUGGUGACCGGACACUACUCUGAUGUGUGUGUUGGUAGCGCCUUGCUCAAUAUGUAUGCAAAGUGUGGGUAUGUGGAGGAAUCAUACAAAGUUUUUGAAGAGAUAAUAAACAAGAAUGUGGUGGCAUGGAAUUCGAUGAUCCAAGCAUUCGGAGCGCAUGGUCGUGGCUUAGAGGCAGUUGCACUCUUCAACCGAAUGCCUACGGAGGGCCUUGUGCCGGACCAUGUGACAUGGACUACAGUGUUGACAGCCUGUAGUCGGGCUGGAUUACUAGCGGAGGGCCAUAGGCUUUUCAAGGAGAUGCAUAGUGAGAACUCAGGGGUUGAACGGGUAACAGAGCAUUAUGCUUGCAUGGUGGACCUAUUAGGUAGAGCCGGAAGGUUGGCAGAGGCUCGUGCAUUGAUUGAGGGUAUGCCAAUUGCGCCGGACUCCUAUGUUUGGGGGGCAUUGCUCGGGGCUUGUCGAAUUCAUGGGGAAGUUGAUAUGGCCAGGAAUGUGGCCAACAGAUUGUUUGAACUAGAACCCAAAAGUGGGGGAAGCUACGCAUUAUUAUCGAGUAUAUAUGCCGGGGUGGGGCGGUGGGAUGAGGCUGAGGAAGUAAAGGGGAUGAUGAGGGAAAGAAAGGUCAUGAGAAAGCAGGGCCGUAGUUGGAUUGAGGGACCAGGAUGAAGUGCAGAGAAAUGCAAAUGCAUGCAUGAACAAAAAAAAAUAUUUGCAUGUGGUGGGAGCAACUAACAUGGAUUCUCUGCAUCUUCUGUGAGGUAGUUUUCAUCAGAUCAGAAAGCUUUGAUUAGUAUCCGGAUCAAUUGGGCCCCAAACUGAUAAUGGG